GAAGAAAUUUCCAAAAUGGUUUAUGCAAAUAAAGAAAAGAAAAAUAGAAAAAUGAUAGUAUAAGAAAGAAAGCCACAGUUUAUUUAAUAAAUGGUUGAAGAGUUCAAGGGAAUACAAGUUUGUAUUUGUGGCUGAAGCAUUGAAGAAAGAAAGCAUAUACGUGGGAAGCUAAAGUAAGGGACUCUUAUAAAGGAAUAAAAUGGAGACCUGGAAAAAGGUUUGGAAAGAAGUGCAAAGACAACUUCUAUUAGCAGGUCCAGUGUCUUUGGUUACUUUGAUGCAUAUUUCUUUACUUAUGAUAUCAUUGAUGUUUAUUGGCCACAAUGAUGGAAAGUUGGCUUUAGCUGGUGCAUCAAUGGCAACUGCAUUUGCUGCGGUCACUGGUUAUUAUGUCCUGGUGGGAUCCACUAAUGCAUUGGACACUUUAUGUAGCCAACUAUUUGGAGCAAAACACUAUCCUAUUCUUGGCAUAGAAUUGCAAAGAGCAAUUAUAUUUAGUUCGGCUACUAGUGUUAUGAUUUCAAUCAUAUGGGCAAAUGCAACUCCAAUUUUGAUUGCCAUGCACCAAGAUCAUGAAAUAUCUCAUGAAGCAGGAAGAUAUUUACUAUAUUUGGUUCCUAGCAAUUUUGCAUUUGGUCUACUCCAAUGCUUUCGAAGUUUUUUGCAGAACCAAAAUAUAGUAAAUCCCAUAGUCUUGAGCUCUGUAGUAGCAACUAUUGUGCAUAUUCUCUGUUGUUGGAUUAUGGUUUGUAAAUAUGAGUGGGGAAGCAGUGGAGCUGCAGUGGCAACCUCCAUAUCGUAUUGUGUAAAUGCAUUUUGUUUGGCCCUCUUUAUCAAAUUUUCUUCAACAUGCAAAGAAACUUGGAAUGGUUUUUCAAAACAAGCUCUUCACAAUUUUCUUCCUUAUAUGAAAUUAGCCUUGCCUUCGGUACUAAUGGAAUGCUUCAAGACUUGGGCAUUUGAGAUAUUAAUCAUCUUUUCUGGGUUUUUUCCUAAUCCAGUGCUUGAAACUUCAGUUCAAUCUAUAUGUCUUAAUACAUUUGGAUUGAUUUGGUCUAUCCCUGCUGGGCUCAUGGUCAGUGCAAGUGUACGAGUUGGAAAUGAAAUUGGGGCCAAAAACUUAGAAGCAGCUCGUUCAGCCAUGGUCGUGGUAUCAGUAAUAGUCAUCAUUGAGGGACUUGUGGUUGGAAUUAGUAUCAUACUCUUGCGUAAGAUGUGGGCUGGGUUAUAUAGCAACGAUGAAAAUGUUGUCAAAAUUGUGUCAUCCUUGAUGCCCUUUCUUGCAAUGUCAUGCUUUCUAAAUGGAUUUCAGACUGUUCUUUCAGGCAUUUUUAAAGGAUGUGGCUGGCAAAACAAAGGUGUAUACCUCAAUCUUGCAGCGUUCUAUUUUGUUGGAAUUCCAUGUCAAGUUACAUUUGCCUUCGUACUCCACAUGAAAUCCAAAGGGCUUUGGCUGGGGAUGAUUAUUGGCUUUGUUGUGAAUGUAAUAUUUUUCCUUAUGAUCAUCUUACGUGCCAACUGGGAUAAAGAAGUAAUGAAGGCUGAGAACAGAGUGAAGGAAUGCUCAACUUAUGGAGAAAAGUCUUCAGGUCAAAAUAAUUCUAGUUAACACCACCACUUUUGGUGAACAUGAUAAUACUACUUUGUAAAUUGUAAUUUUAUUUAUUUGUUGAGUUGUUGAUGCUUUUUAUUAUUUUAUUUUGAAUUUAUUUGUUUGAAUGGUUAUAUAUUUAUACUUUUC